UUUUUUUUAGUACACCCCGAAACAUUUUCGCUAUCGUCUGCAUUGAAUUCUUCGGUUCGCAAAAAAUUAACAAAAAAAAUUUCUUCAUCAAUUUAAAACUAUUAGCAAAGUGCAAAAAAAAUAAAACUAAUUUAAACACAAAUAAUUAAAUUAGCAAUGCAGUUGAUGUGAAUUUAUAUUUAUCUCAAAUUGGCCAAAUUAAACUACAUAUUUAAAUUAUAUCUCAAUGUCUCCCUGUUAAACUGAAUUAGUAAAAAAAAACACCUUUUCAUAAAAUUUCUGUGAAUAUAAAAAAAAGACGACUAUUUUUUUCAUCAAAAGUGUUAUUAACUGUUUUUCUGCCCAAUUUCUGUUUUUUUUUUUCCCUAAAAAAAUUUGUCCAUUGCUUCGAAAAUUCCGUACGUUGUUGGAUAAUUUUUCUUCAUUUUCGCCGACGACGACGACCGGAGGUGGAAAAAUUGAUUAAUAUUUUUUUUUUUUGAUUUUUUUCUUUCCUCAAAGAAAAAAGAGAAUAAAUAAAGUUUUUUUUUUUUCUUAUGUUUCUAUCCAUUAUCCAUUCAUAUAUCGUGAGUAGAAAAGAGACAAGUAUAUAAGCUGCAGUAAUUAAUCGGAUAUACACAAGUGCAGUGCGCAUAAGUGCAAUAGAAAUAGUCGUGUGUGUGUGUGCUCCAGUUAGUACACUUAAUUUGUGUUUCAGCCAAAGAGCCGGCUAAUGGGUGGUGUUGUUGGCAUCAAGUGCGAAUGAGAUAAAUUUAUAUUUUGUCAAUUUAACCAGUUAAAGUGUGUAAGGGAACGCACGAUUGUACUGUUUAAAUUUUUGUUCUAAAUUUUUCACACCCCCUCUUAGAGGAGACAGACGGGCGGAGUGUUGUUUAUUUUUUUUUUUUGUCUUUUGUGGAUUUCUUUUUCCAAUCAAAUUGAACGACGAGCAAAAAAAGAAAGAAGAAGAAAGAAAGGAUAAAACAGGAAGGAAUUCCUCUGCCUCGUGUGUUAACUGUCAGACGGAAAGGAUUUUUUUUAAACUGUUCUCACAAAAGAGAAGAAGAGAAUUUUUUCAAAAUUAACUUGAAAAAAAUAUAUUUUUGUUUCGAAAAAUAACUGCAUUGUGUGUUUUUUUGUAUUGAAAACAUAGAAAUUUGAAUUGUUUUCUAUAUUUUUGUUUGUUGUAAAGUAAAUUUCACAAAAAAAAAAAAAAGAAGCAAUAUGAUCGAUCCGGCAGAUUUGCAAACUUUUUUGUCGAAAGUCGACGGGGGUGCGGUUGGUGUUGAUCUAUUCAAAAUUGGCCAAAAGCAUCAUGAUGAACAUGCACCAACUGGUAAAAACAACAAGCAUAAUGGAAAUUUCCGUGUUGCUUUGGACAUUGAAGACUGUUUGGACAGAUUCUAUGGAGGCUAUUAUUCUGAUUGGGCAUGCGGUGGCCAAUGGAACAGGGCUUACCAGUUUGUACAACUUUUAGCCAGUGCCUUUAAACAUUCUCAUGUAGAGGUGAUUGCAUUUUUCGAUGGAACUCUUAAGAAAAAUAAAAAAUGCUCUGCCGAAUGCAAUGAUUUUCGCCAAAAGACAAUUUCGGUCUUGAAGCACAUCAGAAUGAUUGGAACACCACCACCAAAAAUUUGGUGGUUACCUCCAUCUGGAAUUAAGACAGUGUUAAGGAAUGCCUUGAGGAGUGUACAUAUUCAAAUUGUACAAACGGUUAACGACCAUACCAUGGAAGUCAUUGAACACUUCCAUGAACAAAAACUCGAUGGCAUUUUAGGCCUUCAUCCCGAUUAUAUUAUAGCGAAUACGACGCGCUACUUCAGCUCCCAUGACCUGCGAUUAUCCUAUAAGGGAGCCCUCGAGACCAAAGAGUUUAUGAUAUCGAAGCUAUUGGCUUCGUUAAGCCUUACCGCCGAUCAUUUGCCUUUUGUUGCAGUCUUCUUGGGUGGUUAUAUCCUAAUCGAUGAAGCCAAAUGGAAAGUCAUUUAUGAACGAUUAAAAAUCGAUUCUAGUUUAGACUUUGAGGGACGAAUUCGUAAAAUUGCCGAAAUUGUUCGUAAUUCCCCUACAACGGACAUUGAUGAAUUCAUUAAGCAUUUAAGUUUGGCUGAAUAUGAAAAAGAGAUCAAGGAAUCACUUGAAUAUUACCAGCGAAAGGGUAAAUUCUCGGCGAAAAAAUAUCAAGGUUCGAAGAAACGCAAUGAGCUUAUUAAACCGGUUGCUGUGACAGAUCCACCAAUGCCAUUUGCCUCAGAAACGGCUGAAAAUGAUGAAGCCGCUAAGAAAAUUCUUAGCGAUGCUGUUGCUAAAGAUGAUGAAGUUGAAGAAGGGUCUGCAUCUGGUGAUAAGGCAAAGACUGAAGAAAAAGAGAAACCAGCUCCAACAGCGGCAGCAGCAGCAUCAUCAUCCACUCCAGCUGCAGCAGCUUCUUCAACUAAUGGUGCAAAAACCUUACAGCCUUUUGUAUACACUCUACCAGCUGAAGUGCUGAAAACCUCGCUAAAUCGCCAUCAACGUGGCAUAAUGGAUCCAAGGAUCUAUCAGCUUCUUAUAAAGAAGGAAAUUAUUCUUCCUCAAGUGUUGGAAGAUGAGCAAUAUCGCGAGAUUCCUUCGGUUCAUUUGUUCUACCGGCCAGCACGACAAAUGAUCUAUGCCAUUUUGUUUAACUUGUACCACCAAAAGUACCUGUGUUCAAAGAGGAACGGCAACAAUAAUGAGUCAUCCGAUAAGUCUAACAAAAAAGAAAACAAAAAGGACAAGAAAGAUGCUGCAGCUGCAGCAGCUGGUUCGAAGCCACCAGAAAUUCAAGUAGCCGAAUGGAUAUGGUCUCCUCAGAAUGAGUACAAGAAGCCAGCUCUGGUGAGUGCCACUCCACUUCCAUGGGCUGUUCCGACUAUUCAGCGUUUGUGGUUUGGUAUGGCAUUCGAUGAUAAGCAACGUCGUAUGCGGGCAUUUUUGACAAUCAUGCGCUCCGAUUCGCCGUUGAUGUUGAAUCGUGGCUAUGUGCCACAACAUAUGCUAGUCAUGGCUUGUGUGUUAAGAUAUAUUGUAACAAGUCCCGAUAGGAAUAUCCUGACACGCCAGGAACUCGAUGCAUUCCUUGCGACAGCAUUUUCUCAGCAAUUGCCAAUGGUUGAGAACACUCAAGAACUUGUGUUACCUGGUGUGCAUUUGCGUGGAGUUUAUCUUGCAACAUUAUUCAUGCAAGGUGUUGAGACUGCAUCUUUAGCAAAUGAUGCAUGUGGAGUGCCUCUACCAUGGACUAUGAUCAAUCCAUGGUUGUUCUUUGAUGGCAAAUUAUUCCAUCUAAAGUUGAAGAUGUCAACUUAUGUAUCGACAAUACGCGAACUCUGUGAUGAUCAUAUUGAAAUAGUAUUGAAAAUCGAACGAUUCCGUAAGGCCAUAUUGGAAGAUGUGGAACACUUUUUACUGCCUGCAGCUCAUAUGGACCCGAUGUACCGACCCGGUUUGUUGCCUCAAAGGGCACUAUCGCAACGUGCUCUCUCACUCCAACAAUUCAGUAAGAAUUGUGUUGCAGCAGCAGCAGCCUCGCAAUACCAUCCUCUAACUGCCGCAGCCAAUGCCAACAAUGCGAUUCUCUACAAUACACAAUCACCCUAUUUUGCUCUAUCAUCGGCCCUUUUGGGUCGCGAGGCAGUAACUGGGGUAAAUCCACCACCAAACAAUGGAGGACGUAACCGCAAUCAAAUGGGCAAUCGUAAUGGCCAAAAUCGUAAAGGUUAUCAACUUAAAGUUGGAGGAAUAGUUACAGGUUCAUGGGCCGGUAACAAUGCAGCCGCCGCAGCAGCUGCAUCCCGCUCCUUGUUCGGACCACUCGGUGGUAAUGGCGGCGGUGGCAAUCGCAUGGUAGGUGGUGGUGGAAAUCGCUUAAACAACAAUCUAGCUGCUCGCAUUGGCAUGGGAAAUCGUGGCAAAUUAAGUCUAAAUGCACGACUCAAUCGUAAUGCCAAUGUUGGCCCUGGAACAGUGGCAGCUGCUAAUAUUGCCAAUCGCAAUUUGGCACGUAAUUUUGCUGCCAAAGUUAACAUUCGUAGUCGCAAUCGCAACAAGCGAAAGGACAAUCGUGCUAAAAAUCAAGCCAAAAAUAAGAAAUCCGAAGAAGAAGCUAAAGUUGAAGGCGACAAAGAGGGAUCUGAGAAAGAAACAACAGCAACGACAACAUCAACAUCUAAAGGAACCGAAUCCAAUGGUUCUACUUCACCAGAUACAACCACAUCAGAAGAUAAACCAGCAGCAGCUGCUGCUGUUGUUGUGGCAGUUGCUACAAAAACCCGCUCUCCAAUUACAAUUAAAACUAAAAGUACUGCUACAACUGUAGCCAAUGCCACAUCUACCACCCCUACGACCGCCAAAACCUCAUCAUCUUCAUCUUCAUUGCCAUUAAAAUCCUCCUCCUCCUCAGCAGAGACCACAACCAACACCACUACAGUUGCUAAAGUAGAUAAAGUCAUAAAGAUUGAGCCUCCAUCAUCGCCACCAUCAUCCACUGUGACCAAGACAAACAAAACCGCCACCGUCGCCAAGCUAAAACCAUCAUCGGCCCAAGAUGAAAAAACCAUUGAAGCUGUAUUGGAUCAAAUUGGUUCUUUAACUAUGACUGAACCUGAACUCAAAAACGAACUUGUCGCAUAAGACAAUAAAAAAUAAUAAAAAAAUAAGUCGAAGAAGCUUAUAAGAAAUUGAAAAACGAUUAAAUUUUUUUAACAUUUUUUUCGCGCUGAUAUGUUUUGUUAAAGUUUUUAUGUGUUUUGUGUAAUAAAAAAAAAAAACAGAAAUAAGAUCGCGAAUUUUCCAAAUACCCCUUCAUCAUGAAAAUAGCUUUUUUCAAAACACACAUACACAUGUAAACACCUCAUUGUUAUAUAUUAUUAUUAUUAUUAUUUUUAUAUAUUUUUGCACAUAAAGUGAAAUUUUGUUUCUUUAUUUUGUUCCUUUGCGAUGCCAAUUUUUUUAAAAAAUUAGUAUCCCUAUCCCUUGUUCUUGAAUUCAAAAACUUAUAAAAAAAGCACAAAACGAACUCCACACAAUCCAUUAUAUACACUCUCUCUCUCCUCUUAACCCCAAAAAAAUCGUAGAAAAUAUAAAUUAAAAAAACUUAUAAACAAAAAAAAACUUUUUCAAUUUAAUCUGCCAACAUCAACUUUUUAAAGUUCGACCUACCUGCCCAAAUCGGAUAUAGCUAAUUCAAUGUGAGAUCUAAACUUAAAACAACAACAGUUAACAACAAUCUUUUUAAAAAAAUAUAUCUAAAUUACAACAAUUACAUCCACAAAGCUUUUAAUUUCUUACCAAUCUAAAAAAAAAAAACUGCAUGCACUUUAGCACCUGAAAAAAGGAACGGAAUAAGCUUGGAAGGAUGAUGAUGGCGAUAGGAAUUGGUCGGUGGAUGAUGAGGAAGUCUGCUAAAGCUAUAAAAAAACUUCAAAAUAUAUCAAGCACUUUAAGAAAGCUUCAAACCUGUUUGAAAGCAUGACGAGAGUGUAGUAAAGAACAAAUACAAAUAAAAAACUUAAUAAAACUCCUUAAAUGUGCUUAAAUGUUAAAAUUAAAUUUAUCAAAACAAAAAAAUAAAUAAAACAAAAAACGAGGCAAAAAAAAAAUCACCCGCGCUCCCCUAUUAUUCAUGAUUAUUUAUUUAUUCAUCGAAAGAAGAUAAAAUCCGAUGAUUUUUAAAUUAAAUUUAAUGUUCGGUCUUUUUAAAGGCUUUUAAAGUCUAAAAGAAUAAACGAAUAUGAAAAAAAUAAACUAAAAACAUUAGUUCGUACUGUUAAAAGUGAGUAUUAUUAUAAGGAUCUUAUUUAAAAAACAAACUGAAAAAAGAUGAUAAUUUAUGUUUAAAUUAAAUUAAAAAUUAAAAAAAUAUGUGAAAAAGAAUUUAUUUCUUUUUUUUUUUGUUUUGUUAAAUGUAAAAGUAGUGUUUCAACUAAAAAAAAUUGUAAUCUCAAUAUAAAUAAGAAAAAAAAUAAAACAAAAAAUGAUUUUCUUUACAAGACACACAACACCACACAAGAAACCUAUAUAAACAUUAAUAAAUAUUAAAAAAAAAAUAAAAAUAAAAUCCGCCGUGGGAUACGAAUUUAUUAAAAAACAAACAAAAAAAUAAAAUACAUAAAACAAAAUAGACAAUGAUGUGUAUUUUUAGUAUUUCGCCUUAUUUUGUGAUAAAAAAAAAAUAAAUAAAAAACUAUUUAAAUUAAAUAUGCAAAUUGUAAAAAAAAAACUGAAACUAAUCUAAAGUGAAAGAUAUACGAACGAAAAAAAAUAAAGCGAAAUUUGUGGCAUUAAAUGAAAAAAAUCGAAAGCAGAAAUGAAAAGAAGUCAAUAUAUUAAAAUUCUUUAAAAUACAAUUCUUGAUUCUAAAACCGGACUUACUCUUACAAAAAAAAAAUUAAAUAAAAACACUUUAAAUCAGUCGAACGAUGAUUGAUCCAGAUUUGACGUCUCAUUAUGGAUGGCUUUUGUUAGCUGCUCCAGCAAAUAUUUCACUACCAUCAAAGCAAAAACACAUAAUGUGCCCUACUCAACAAAUACGAAAACAGCAAACCUUCAACACGUAAAUCCCACAUCAAUUAACAGCAACAACAACAACAGAAGUGGUGAGAAAAUACAAAUUAAGUAAAUGUAAACUAUAUAUUUGUAUUACAAAAAAAAAUUUUUUUAUUUACAUUUUACAAAUAAAAAAAAAAAUGCAAAUCGUGUGAAAAAAAAAUUAUUAUAAAACCGAAAAAAAAUUAAAAGAAAAUCUUUUUUAUGAUCUGUGAUGUUAUAAAUGUAUUUUUAUAUAUAUUUGUUAAUUAUAUUGUUAAACAAAAAAUAAAAAAAAUGAAUCAUAUAUUAUAUACCGCUAUAAUAAUAUAAAAAAUAUGGAAAUAACAAAACAACACCAACCGAUAACAACAACAACAAAGUUAUUUCCAAAAAAAUGAACAAAAAAAUGUUAAACAACAACAUAACACGAUACACACUACAAUAAUUGCAUUAAAUGUAAUUUAUUGUGUGUGUAAAAUUAAAGUUUAUAUAUAAAAUAAAAAUAAAUAAAAAAUUAAAAUGUUAUUUAACUAUUUUAUUAAUAUAUAAAAAAAUCUAAUAAGAGAAUUAAGAUCUGAAAGAAAAUUAAAUAAAAAAAAAAUAAUAUAUUUAUAUAUAAAAUAAAUAACAAAUACAAAUAUUAAUAUUUAUUAUAUAUAUUCUUUAUAUAGAAAUAUAUAAAGAACAAAAAAUAAACGAGAAAUGCAAAAUCUUAUCUUAUAUUCAAGCAAAGUAGAUAAAAAUAAAAAAAUUUAAAAACAACAACCGAAAAAAGUUGAAUUUAAUUCAACUCAAAAAAAAAGGAAUCAAAGAAAGAAAAAAAAAAAAAACAAAAAGAAGUUUGUUAGGAAACAUAAGAUCGAAUCUUAACAUGUAUGACUGCAUCUGCCCAAAAAUAAAUACAAAAAACAAAAAUAAUAAAAACAUGAAGUUUAAGUAAAAUCGAAACAAAAGUAUGGUAUAUAUUUUAUGAAGUCGAAUCGAAAGAAUUUAACAGGUAAAAUUUAUAGAAAAGAAUGUCAAAAAAGCCAUAUAUUUCACAAAAAACAAAACAAACAGAUAGCAACCGCUUGAAAUAAAUAGCAAAUGCUAAUAAAUAUCAAUUCAAAAAUUAAGAAUCAACAAAAUGUGUAAAUGAUUUAAGUUUAAACAAAAAAAAAAAAAAACAAAA